GCGCGGCCGCUCCCGCCCGGGCCCGCCCCUGCGCGCCGAAGCCGAUCGCGGCCGAGCCCCGGCGCGGCCCGGCGCGAUGCUGCGGUGCAUGCCGCCGCUCUGGCGCUGCAACCGGCACGUGGAGGCGCUGGACCGGCGGCACUGCUCGCUGCAGGCCGUGCCCGAGGAGAUCUACCGCUACAGCCGUUCGCUGGAGGAGCUGCUGCUGGACGCCAACCAGCUCCGCGAGCUGCCCAAGCCUUUCUUUAGGCUUCUGAACCUGCGCAAACUGGGCCUGAGCGACAAUGAAAUACAGAGACUUCCCCCUGAGGUUGCCAACUUCAUGCAGCUGGUGGAACUGGACAUCUCCCGUAACGACAUUCCAGAAAUUCCUGAAAGCAUCAAAUUCUGCAAAUCCUUGGAGAUCGCAGACUUCAGCGGGAAUCCCCUCUCCAGACUUCCUGAGGGUUUCACACAGUUGCGGAGCCUGGGCCAUUUGGCCCUGAAUGAUGUGUCCCUGCAGAGCCUUCCUAAUGACAUUGGAAAUUUAGCAAACCUGGUGACUUUGGAACUACGUGAGAACCUGCUAAAGACUCUACCAACUUCACUCUCAUUCCUUGUCAAGUUAGAACAGUUGGAUCUUGGUGGCAAUGACCUGGAAGUACUGCCAGAUACUCUGGGAGCGCUACCAAACUUGCGCGAGCUUUGGUUAGACCGGAACCAACUCUCAGCCCUGCCUCCAGAGCUGGGUAAUCUCCGCCGUUUGGUCUGUCUGGAUGUGUCAGAGAACAAACUAGAGCAGUUGCCCAAUGAGGUCAGCGGGCUAGCAGCACUGACAGACUUGCUUCUGUCACAGAACCUGUUGGAAUGCAUUCCAGAUGGGAUUGGUCAGCUGAAGCAGCUCUCCAUCCUCAAGGUGGACCAGAAUCGGCUGACAGAGGUGACAGAGUCAAUUGGGGACUGUGAAAAUCUGUCGGAACUCAUCUUGACAGAGAACAUGUUGACAGCCUUACCAAAGUCCCUUGGGAAGCUGACCAAGCUGACGAACCUGAAUGUGGAUCGGAACCGACUAACAUCCCUUCCAGCUGAGAUUGGAGGCUGUGCCAAUCUGAAUGUGCUGUCCUUGCGAGACAAUCGCCUGUCCCUCCUGCCAGCAGAGCUUGCCAACACCACCGAGCUUCACGUCCUUGAUGUGGCUGGGAACAGACUACAAAACUUGCCGUUUGCUUUGACGAAUCUUAACCUGAAAGCCCUGUGGCUGGCAGAAAAUCAGUCCCAGCCCAUGCUGAAAUUCCAAACAGAGGAUGAUGAAAAGACAGGAGAAAAAGUUCUCACUUGUUACCUGCUUCCCCAGCAGCCUUCUCCUAGCCUAGAGAAUCUUUUGCAGAACAGUGUGGAUGAGAGCUGGACAGACACCAAUUUAAACAGAGUCAGUGUGAUUCAGUUUCUGGAUGAACCCAAAGUGGAUGAUGAAGAGGAGUCUGGAGCUGAGAGACGGGGCCUACAGCGCAGAGCAACCCCUCAUCCCAGUGAGCUGAAGGUUAUGAAGAAAGUGAUUGAAGUUCGGCGCAAUGAGGUACAUGCUGCAAAACCUGGCACAGACCUGAAUUCACCUAAGUCAGAAGAGAAAAGACUGAGUGCCACAUCAAAUCGCAGUGAGGACUCACACCUUUCUAACAGCACCGCCUCUGCUGACUUCAGGGGAGAGGAGCAGGGAGAGGAGGGACAAAGGAGCUGGCCAAAUGGGCAGCUGUCUGAGAUGCAGGAGCCGGAGAAGGUAGUAAAGCCAAAAGCUGAAGAGGAGCAUAAAGAAGCAGCUGUCCAAGAGGAGGAAGAUGUAGAAGUGGAAUACAAUGAGCCCACUGUACACUUUGCUGAGGACACACUAAUAAGGAGUGAAGAUGAGGAUGAAGACGAAGAGCGACCAUUCCCAGUGGAGAAACAGAGGCUUAUCCGCAAGGACACACCCCAUUAUAAGAAACACUUUAAGAUAACUAAACUGCCCAAGCCAGAGGCAGUGGUGGCACUCCUACAGGGGCUGAACAGUGAUGGAGUCCCAAAAGAGGAAGAGGAGCUGGGAAGCCGCAAUAACAAUGCGGAGCCUGAGGAUCAAGAGGAAGCAUGGGAUGAGGAUGACAGAAAAAACGGAGCUUUGUCUGCUCAGCCAUCAGUGAAGGGGGUGUCGUUUGAUCAAGCCAAUAAUCUGCUGAUUGAACCUGCUCGCAUUGAGGAGGAAGAGUUGACAUUGACUAUCGUGCGGCAGACAGGGGGGCUGGGCAUCAGCAUCGCAGGGGGCAAGGGCUCCACCCCCUAUAAGGGUGACGAUGAGGGCAUCUUUAUUUCCCGUGUGUCAGAAGAGGGACCUGCAGCUCGUGCAGGGGUUCGUGUUGGGGACAAGCUUCUGGAGGUGAAUGGCGUAUCCUUGCAUUGUGCUGAGCAUCAUGUGGCAGUGGAAGCUCUGCGUGGAUCAGGAAGCUCUGUCUCCAUGACAGUCCUGCGGGAGCGGAUGGUGGAGCCAGAGAAUGCCAUCACCGUCACACCGCUUCGCCCUGAGGAUGACUACAGCCCUCGUGAGAGGCGAGGUGGCCUACGCUUCCCAGAGCGGCCUGAGGGGGCACCUCCCACGGAGAGAUACUCCACCUGCCUUAUGCGCAAUGAGAAGGGUCUGGGCUUCAGCAUUGCUGGUGGCAAAGGUUCCACACCCUACCGGGCUGGUGACACGGGGAUCUUUAUCUCACGAAUUGCAGAGGGUGGUGCAGCCCAUAGGGACGGGAUCCUGCAUGUAGGAGACCGGGUCAUCUCGAUCAAUGGGGUAGACAUGACAGAAGCCAGGCAUGAUCAGGCAGUAGCGCUGCUUACCGCAUCCUCCCCCACCAUCGUGCUGCUGGUAGAGAGAGAGGGUGCAGAGCAGCUCAGCGAGGGAGACUCACCAGGCGUGCCACGAGUGCGCAUGCACUCCCCACCACCGCCUCCCAGCCAUGGGGAGAGCCCACCUGAGGAGACACCUUCCUGCAAGGAACUGCAAAGGAACCAUCUGUCUAAAAGCCUGGAGGAUCAAUAUCCCAUUGAGGAAAUACACCUUGUAAAAGCAGGUGGUCCCCUGGGACUCAGUAUCGUAGGAGGCAGUGACCAUUCAAGCCAUCCAUUUGGGAUUCACGAACCAGGUGUCUUCAUUUCAAAGGUCAUUCCCCGUGGGUUGGCAUCUCGCAGUGGACUCCGUGUAGGGGACAGGAUUCUGGAAGUGAAUAGUAUUGACCUGCGCCAUGCUACCCACCAGGAAGCAGUGAAUGCCCUACUCUCCAACACCCAGGAGCUGACUGUGUUAGUAAGACGAGAUCCACCACCACCUGGUAUGCAGGAAAUAUGCAUUGAAAAGGCUCCAGGAGAGAAGCUGGGCAUCAGCAUCCGGGGUGGAGCAAAAGGUCAUGCUGGAAAUCCAUUUGAUCCCACUGAUGAAGGCAUCUUCAUUUCUAAGGUGAGCUCCUCUGGGGCUGCUGCUCGGGAUGGCCGUCUGAAGGUGGGAAUGCGGAUCCUGGAGGUGAAUCAUCAGAGUUUGCUGGGAAUGACACAUACAGAAGCAGUACAGAUACUGCGAAGUGUGGGUGACACACUCUUGGUGCUGGUGUGUGAUGGAUUUGAUCCCAAGGCUGCAGCUGCCAUUGAGAUGUCUCCAGGAAUUAUUGCAAACCCUUUUGCUGCUGGUAUUGGGUGGAAGAAUAGCCUAGAAAGUAUCUCAUCUAUUGAUCGUGAUUUAAGCCCUGAAGAACUGGAGAUCCUACAAAAGGAGAUGGAAAUGGUGAGAGAAGCAACUCAGUGGGAGAGAGAAGAAAUGGAGAAAGUGGAGUGGAUGCGUAGGGAGCGGGAGGCAGCCACACAGCAACUUGAGGAGGAGGCGGCGGAGAAUAUCACGAGUGAACCUUUGAGACUGGACUAUCGGACCCUGGCUGCUUUGCCCAGCAGUGGCUUACAGAGAGUCAAUCGCACUGCUCCUGUCAGCGAGUCUGGGACAGGAAUUUCCCGGAGGGAAACCCCGUAUUCUCCUAGUAACCAGCAGGCUUCCAUUAAUUUCAUUGCAUCACAGGAUGAUAGUAAAUCAACCAAACCAGGUGUCAUUCAGCCUCUUUCUCGAGUGCGUCAAAAUGCUGCUUCACAUAAUUCGGAGGACAGGGACAGCCCCAAUGCCUUCCAGCAACCUGAGCCGUGCUCCAGUAUCCAGAACUCUCCAAAGCCACCAUCACCACCCUCUCCUGACGAGAUUCCCAUCAAUGUCAAGCAAGCAUACAAGACCUUUGCAGCAGUACCCUUGUCACACCCUCUGCUCGAGACACAGGUGCCGAUGCCAAGUGGACUGCACAGCCCCGAACAGCGAUCCUUCCGUGAGAGGCAGAAGUAUUUUGAAGUUGAGGUUAAGCAGCAGCAGAUGGAUAAGCCUCCCAAGCGUGUUUCUUUGGUAGGAGAGGAUGACCUGAAGAAAAUGAAGGAAGAAGAAGCUCGAAAGCUGCAGCAGAAACGUACCCUUCUGUUGGAAGAAGAAGUGGAAGAGGAUGAGAUGAUAAAACAAGUGCCUGAGAUGAGCAUGCAGUCCAGUGUCAUCAUUGAAGGAGUUGAGUACAAGUUUGAGAGACUAAAUGGAAGGAGCAUCCAGCCUCCAGGAACUCGGUCCUCAGAGGUUAAUGAGAACAACAGUUCACAGAGGAAUUCACUGGAAGAGACAAUGAAGCCUGAACAGAGAACCAACUCUAUAUCUGGGUUGAGUCCAUUAAAUCUUGGAGCAGGGGAUCCAGUGGCACCUGUGCGGACAGCCAAAGCAGAACGGCGGCACCAGGAGCGAUUGCGAAUGCAGAGUCCUGAGCUCCUGAGCAGUCAAGAGAAGGAGCUUUCUCCAGCAGAACGUCGUGCUCUGGAGGCAGAGAAACGAGCAAUGUGGAGGGCAGCACGGAUGAAAUCCCUUGAACAGGAUGCUCUUAAAGCCCAAAUGGUCAUUGCCAAAUCCAAGGAGGGGAAAAAACGCAGCACUCUGGAGCAGCUGGCAGAGUCACCUUCACCUGUUCCUACCCCAUCACCAACACCACUGGAAGAUUGCAGUCCCAGGAACGUCACUUCACCGGGAAGGCUGUCCAUGUCUGAAAAGAAGUUUGACUACCGGGAAUUUGCUGCUAUUCCUUCCUCCAAACCUGUUUACGAAAUCCAGUCACCUGAUGCAGCUGAUGACCUCAGAUAUAUAGAUGACAGAAAUAACUCAGUUCCUCAGGAGCAAGAUGGGCAGCCAGACGAAGAGGAAACGUUACUAACACGUGAUUCAUCAACACCUACUGCAUCAGCACUUGAAGAAAUGGCUCUGUACAGCAGCAAACGCAAACUCCGACACAGCCGGCGCAGUCUGGAGACUGCUGUCCCAACGUAGAUGAUCUGAUGCACCUGGGUGAUAGAAUAGCCCAACACAGGGCUCUUGAACUUCCUGUGCUCCGGGAACAGCACUGCCUCCUGGACUCUGGAUGGGAACUGAGCACCCCAGGGAGCAUUGUGGUUAACUAACUUCCUUUAAGGCUGUGAACCACCCUCUUUUCUCACCCAAUAGUGCACUGGGGCAUGUCCUAAACAAAAUGGGACAACACUAGACUAAGAUGGCCAAUUGAGAGGAGGUGUGGGUAGGACAGUGAGCAGCUGCAGUUUGUUAGCCUGUAAAUAUUGGGGGGGAGGGAGGGGGUAGGACAGAGAACAUAUGAGUGUAAGAGUGUGUAGGGCUCCAGCUGUUAUUUCCUCAACUUGGAUAUUUUUUUAAAUAGUUAAUAUGGGAGCUUCUACUCUGGUAUGAAUUAGAAGGAAGUUCCAGCCUUUGCUCCUAUUUAAUUUCUAGUCUUUUGCCAAGAAGCAUCUCCUUCCACCUCCCACACUGUGUCACCUCACUUUCUUUUGGGAGUGUGUGGAAGUAGGUAGCUUGGAGGCAAAAAGAAAAAAAAAAGGAAUUUUAGUGAAGUGCCUCCCUCUGACACUGACAACUGACUCAAGCAAAGAUGACUGAACAAGCAGGAGCCUGUGCCAGCUCUAGGAAGCAUCAGCUCCAUUUCACUUGCCUCUGUGAGUGCAGCAAUCUGUCCCAUGUAGAAAAAUGCUCCUGACAGUAUUUUGUGCUAUUCUGGGAGACAGGUACCUACCUAGAGAUACACAUAAUUGUGUGCAUGCAGUGUGAACCACUCUACCUGCAUGCUGUUCUAAGUGUCAGAGGAGGCCAGGUAUCUGUCUUCUGUCCACAUCAUGUCUGAUUUGGUGAACUGCGGCAGAAAUGAGAAAGGAGUCGAAAAGGUGUAGCAAGGGUAUAGCAGUGUGCAUGUGUGACAGCAAUAGAGAGCAGAGUAGUUGGGGAUUAGGAUACAGUGGCAGAGGUAGGAGGUGUAAACAGCAGAUAAGGUAGUGGGUUAGGAUUCAGGAAAUGGGGAAGGGUAGGAAAUGGCAUUGCUGGGGUCAAGUUAGGAGUAAUAGGGUCUUACAGAUAGGAGGAUACUAGUAAGUGACUCCAUUGUGUUGCCCACUAGCUGUGAAAUGAAAUGUGAUAUUAUGAGGGGUGCUCAGUGUGGGACUCUCAAGGAGUGCCUGCUAGGCAGGGAGCACAAUGAAGUGAGAUGAAUCUGGCCUAUGCCUUGCAAUAACUACACAGUUCUGCUUUCUGCCAUCUUGUUGUCUUCAGGCCCCUGCCCACGUAGAACAGGGCAAAUACAUGCAGGAGGAAAAAAUAAAAAUGAAAAAGGAGCAGGGGUGUGAUUCCUGGUUUCCAUGAAAGGGCCAUGAACAGUCUGUAUCAAGUGAGUUCUGCAUUUGUGGAGGAGACUGACACCGCUUAUUGCUCUGAAAUCAGUCUGCUGCUCUGCUGCCCACUACUGAAGUAAAACAUCCCUUUUCUUUUUUUGUGAUUUUUUUUGGUUGUUUUUGUCUGUUUGGGUUUUGUUUGUUUGUUUUGGUUUGUUUUUGUUACUGCCUCCAAUAGAGAGAAAGACAUCUGAACUUGACAGUAGUCUGAUCUGUCUACCCAGAUACAAUGGUGCUCUCUGGUGAACCAGUCCAUCAGUAAGACCAGAGUUGUAUCUUAAGCCUCUCAGUGGCUGGAUGGGGCUUGGGAGUGGCAGGCACUUCUGCUUGUAUAUUUGCUGAAUGACUGGAUGCAUUUUUUUUAUAGUUGAAACUCUCCCUUCAUGCCAAAAUCCAGUGGAUCAUUUUUAACUGACUUCAUGUUUUAAUUUUACAGGUCUUUGAAGGGGGAACUCAGAUAAUCUCAAGCUGCAGCUAUAGCUGCUUCCAUCAUCAGCAAUUUGAGCUUUUCCUUUUUAAAAUCUAAUUUUAGCAUAUGCUUUUUAACAAGAGCAAUUUUGGAAACAAUCCUGGAUUGGUUUUGGUGACUAACGUGAUUUUUUUCUUUCCCUUUGUGGUACCUGGUGCCAGGUUCUGGGUUCUCUCCCCUUCUCUCCUGAGAGACUCUGAGGGAAAAUUAGCGCAUCAAGACUGUAACUAGUGAAAUUUGUACAACCAAAGAAAUCUAUUUUGUGGUUCAAGGAUAAUAAAGUUUACUUUACAUUUUAGAACCUUUA